AUGGAGGGAGAAGCUGCCGCCGCCGUCCUUCAAGUUCUUGUUCAAAACCUCAUCGACCACUCCAAGAAAGAGUUCUCACUUGUCCGUGGCCUCGAAAAAGAAGCAAAAAAGUUAAGUGAGAGUCUGGACACGAUCCAGAAAUACUUGAAUGAUGCAGAGAUGAGUACUAAUCCCGGUGAUGCUGUCAAAAGCUGGCUCAAGAAGCUUGAAAACGUGGCGUUCGAUGCUGACAACGUUUUGGAUGAGUUCAACUAUCAUCUCCUCUGCAAACAAAUCAAGCCCAUCAUGCCCAACAAACCCAUGAAACAAAAGGUACUAUCAUGCUUCUCACCAUGCCUUAAUUAUUCACGUUCCCGAAGUAUGGCUCUUAGAAUCCAAGAAAUCAAUGAGAAUUUAGAGGUCAUUAACAAAGAGGCUGCGGAUCUUGGCCUCAAAGAGAUGCUUGCCACCAAUGUGCCCACUUUGCCUGAUGUGUCUCGUGAAACUGACUCAUUCACUCUUGAUCCAAAUUUUAUUGGAAGAGUUAAGGUGACGUCAGAAAUAGUUGAAAGGGUUACCUCUUGUAUCACAACUGAUGAACGUGUUUCUAUCCUUGCCAUUGUGGGAAUGGGAGGAUUAGGGAAGACAACUUUGACUAGGAAAGUCUUUCAUCUUCUAAAACAAAAGAAUCUGUUUGGAUCAUAUAUUUGGGUGCAUGUUUCUCAAAUUUUUGAUCCAAUUGUUCUUCUCAAGAAAAUUCUCAAAGAGUUAAUUUCUUCUGAUCAAGUUGAAGUUGAGAGUAGGCAAGACAUUCUCAAAAAGAUUCAAGAAGCUUUGAACGAUAAGUCUUAUCUUCUUAUUCUUGAUGAUGUUUGGAAUGAAGAUCGUCCCACAUGGGAUGGUUUUAUCAAUUCCUUGUUGGGCGUUAGUUCUAUUAAGGGAAAUGUCAUUGUUGUUACCACUAGAAGUAUGGUGGUUGCUUCAACUGUGAGUGCACUUUAUACUCAUAAGCUUGAAGGAUUAUCAAAGGACGAUUGUUGGUCAAUUAUCAAAGCAAAAACAUUUGGAAAAGAGGAUGUUCCAUCACUAUUUGAGCCAAUUGGGACAGAGAUUGCGAAAAAAUGUCAAGGUUUGCCGUUAGCUGCAAACGUAGUUGGCGGAGUACUGCACAAUAAAUCUGAAGAAGAAUGGCGCUCAAUCAAAGAUAAUUGGAUUUCACAAGAUGAAGGAGAUCAUAUCAGAAAGAUAUUGAAGUUGAGCUUUGAUAAUUUGUCUCUACCAUCACUUAAGAAGUGUUUUGCAUAUUGUUCGAUUUUUCCUAAAGGUCAUAGAAUCGAAAGGAAGAAAUUGAUUGAGUAUUGGAUGGCAGAAGGAUUUCUUGUAGCUAACAGAAGCAGUGACAUGGAAUCUAUGGGAGACAAAUUUAUCACUGUUCUUAUACACAACUCUUUACUGCAAAUUGCAAAAAGAGAUGAUUAUGAUGGAAAUGUGGAAAGUUGUGUGAUGCACGAUCUUGUGCAUGAUCUUGCAUAUUCUAUUUUAGGUGGUCCUCAAGAUGCAUCUGACAUCUUCCCAGUUCGAUACAUGUUCCUUGAAAAAAAAUCAAAGCAUGUUUUCAAAAAAAAUGCAAAAUAUUUGCGAACAUUAUUGUCCAUGGAUAACAGUUAUGCUAACAUGUUGUCAGAGUUCAAAUGUCUUCAUGUUUUAAUAAUAUUUGGAAGUGAUAGAGAUAUUGAGUUGCCAAGUUCAAUAAUGAAGUUGAUACACUUGAGAGUUCUUAAUAUUAAUGGAUCAAGAAUUAGACGUCUUCCAGAUUGGAUUGGUAAACUGGUUCACUUGCAAACACUGAGAGCUGAGAAAGUUCAUUUAUUGAAACUUCCAAGUACUUUGAAAUACUUGAUUAACUUAAGGCAUCUCUAUGUUAAGAAAAAUGUAGAUUUGCCUGCCGAGAUGGGGCUAUUAACUUCUCUCCGAACCCUAGAUUAUUUUAGUGUGGGCGACAAGAGUGGCUAUAAAGUUGAAGAACUUGGAAGUUUGAACGAUCUCAAUGGAAAAUUGGAAAUUUCUAAGCUGGAAAAGGUUGGUAACAAGGAAGAGGCCGAGAAAGCAAAUCUACAUAAAAAGUCAAAGUUAUUGGAGUUGCACCUGGUGUGGAAUCAUCAAUAUGGAGGUCAAAUUAGUGAGAAAGAAAGUGAAAGUGAAUGUAGAAACGAUGAGAAUGUGAUGGAAGGCCUUCAACCUCACUCAAACCUGAAGAAGUUAGAGAUUUACGGAUUCAAGGGAAAAAGAUUUCCGACAUGGACUGCAGUUGAAAAUGCGGCUCAAGGCUCUUGGAUCCCACUUAACAAGUUGAUCGAAGUAAAACUUUCACAGUGCUCAGAAUGUGAAGAAAUCCCAAUGUUAGGGCAGUUGCCAAAUCUCAAGUCUCUCUCUUUGGUAGGAUUGAGCAAUGUAAAGUCCAUAAAGUCUUAUGCCCAUGAAUCCCAGUGUAUUGGUUUUCCAGCUCUUGAAAGCCUCCAAAUAUAUGACAUGCCUAAGCUGACAGAGUGGGUACACACAGAAUCAGUGGAUGUAAGUGGUGUCAAGCUAUUUCCUCGCCUCCAGCACUUGGCGAUCCAAUUUUGCAAGCAGUUGACCAAUUUUCCAGCUCUUUACUUGUCGCCUCUCAACCAUUUGACUAUUAGUGGCAUUGGGAGUUACAGGCCUUUAGCAAACAUAUUUGAGACCCAGUUGAUGUUGCUAACACAGCUUUGCGUAAAAAGAAUAGAUGAUCUGGAAUGUCUCCCUGAUUGGUUAUUCGAAAGCAAUCCCAAUCUGUCGGUAUUGGAGAUAAAGGAAUGCCCCAAUUUGAGAGGACUACCAGAUGGUCUAUGCAACAUCAGUUCUUUGGAGAAGUUGAUUAUAAAAAAGUGUCAAAAUUUGGAACAUAUGGGCGUACAACAAUCAGAAGGAAGCCUCGCAUGUCUUAAAGAGUUGGAUAUUAAGGACUGCAAUGCUUUGGUGUAUGUGCCGUGUGAACUGCUUGGAUUCUCGCUCGAGAAACUGAGGUUGGAGAAUUUAAGUAGCCUACAGAAUGUAGCUGAGAUAAUUGAUUGUCUGCCGAAAUUGGCCCGUCUAACAAGUCUGAGAAUGCUUGGUGUUCCUCAAUUUUCAGCUGAUAAUUAUAUUGGUAUUCGAAGGCUGAAAUUAGAUUUUAGCGUGAUGGGAUCAAUGGAGACUGUUGAUGGCAUAUUGCAAGGAUGCAGCUUCACAAUUGAUGGAUUAGAAUUGAAGGGGAGGGAAGGUUGGGAAAGUCUGCCGAAAUCAAUUCAAACUCUCACUGCUCUGGAAAAAUUAAAGUUGGAGAAUUUUGGAAUGGAAGAGUUACCUGAUUGGUUAGGAAACUUCUCAUCCCUAUUACGGGUGUUGGAGAUAAGUAAUUGCAACAAGUUAAGGCGUCUACCCAUGGAUGUGAUACGGUGCUUCGCUAAGUUGAAAUACUUAAUUAUUUCAAACUGCCCACAAAAACCGUUGCAUGUCUAUUUCCUCACCUCCAUUUCACAAUGUAAUACCCGCGCCAGUUUAUAA